CAAGAAUGUUGAGUUAGAGACGGACACACACACUCAGCACUGAGCAGUACACUAUGUCGCUGUGAAGCGGCUUUCUUCCUUUCUGACACUAAAAAAUAUUACGAUACCUACAAAGAGAAAUUAAUUACUUCAUCGUUUUGAAAUCACAAUGGCACGAGGAGAGGGCGCCGAGCAGUACGCUGCGAGUUUGCUAUCAGUCAAACCUAUAAAUACAGAAGUCAAGACAGCAAAGCCAAGGGAACAGAGAAAUCGUCUGUCUGUGUGCAGCAAACUAUGCUAUGCAAUAGGUGGGGCUCCCUACCAGAUCACGGGCAGUGCUCUGGGCUUCUUCCUCCAGAUCUACCUCCUGGAUGUGGCUCAGCUGGAUCCCUUCUAUGCCUCCAUCAUCCUGUUUGUGGGCCGGGCCUGGGACGCUGUCACAGACCCAACAGUGGGUUUCCUGGUGAGCCGGAGUAGAUGGACCAGGAUCGGACGUAUGAUGCCGUGGAUCCUUUCCUCUACUCCGUUUGCGGUGGUGACUUACUUCCUAAUCUGGUAUGUGCCUCCAUUUGAGCAAGGGAAGGUCAUCUGGUACCUGAUCUUUUACUGCCUCUUCCAGUCAAUGCAGACGUGCUUCCAUGUGCCAUAUUCAGCCCUCACCAUGUUCAUCAGCAGUGACCAUAAAGAGAGGGACUCUGCCACUGCCUAUCGUAUGAUGGUGGAGGUGAUGGGCACAGUGCUGGGCACCGCAAUCCAGGGUCAGAUUGUGGGUGGCGGCUCAGAUUGUUCCACUAAGCCUGAUGUCUCCGACAGCAGAAACUCCUUGGCAUACAACGCGUCCGGUGUUUCACUGGAGGAGACGAAACAAGCUUACUUGCUUGCUUCAGGGGUCAUCUCCAUCAUCUACGUCCUCUGUGCUGGAGUCUUGUUUUUUGGUGUGAAGGAGCAAAAAGAGAGCAGCCAUAAAAAAUCAGUCCCCCUUACCUUCCGUCAGGGCCUGUGGUUGGUGGUGAGCCACACACCUUACGUCAAACUGGUCAUCGGAUUCCUCUUCACCUCUCUGGCCUUCAUGCUACUGGAGGGAAACUUUGCCCUUUUCAUCACCUACGCUCUUGGGCACAGGAACGACUUUCAGAAUAUUCUCCUGGUCAUCAUGCUGUCGGGGAGUCUAACCAUCCCAUUGUGGCAGUGGUUUUUGACCCGGUUUGGGAAGAAGACGGCAACUUACUUCGGCAUCUCGUGGGCAAUACCCUUCAUGAUCCUGAUCGUCUGCAUCGAGAGCAACCUCAUCAUGUCUUACUUGGUCUCAGUGGCGGCAGGUGUGAGCGUGGCGGCAGCUUUCCUCCUGCCUUGGUCGAUGCUUCCUGAUGUAGUGGAUGACUUCAAGGUUAAGAACCCGGACAUCCAUGGUCAUGAAGCCCUCUUCUACUCUUUCUAUGUGUUCUUCAUCAAGUUUGCCUCUGGGAUAUCCCUGGGUAUCUCUACCCUCAGUUUGAAAUUUGCCGACUAUAAGACUGGGAGCUGCUCACAACCCGAGGCAGUCAGUUUAACCCUGAAGGUGCUGGUGUCUCCUGUGCCUGUGUGUCUUAUUAUUGUGGGACUGUUGAUAUUGAGGACCUACCCUAUUGAUGAAGAGAGGAGGCAUGGCAACCAAAAACUGCUGCAGAAGAUCCUGGACUCCGAAACAGAUUCCGAGUCAGAAGCUUCAGCACUUGGGAGCAACGUGUAGCUGGCGGAGGAUGAGCCAACCACCACUGCUGGUUUACAAGUUUACACAGGCAGUCGAGGGACAUGACCACCAACUAUCUGUAGUAACAGAGAAGGGACCGCAGAUACCGCUGCUGCCCAAACAUCAUCAGCAUUGAUCGUCUCCCUCCAGUGGAUUACACAGGUUUACGUCGCCCUCUAGUGGCCACCCAGUGUCAUCUUAUGUGUGAUUCAAGUAUUUUCUGUUUUCCUUUAUCUCCAGCUGUGUCCCAAUUAAACAGCAUUUACUACAAUUAAGAAACAUACACAAUUAGUGUAGAGCCAAAGUUGCGGGUUAACUUCUGUUCUUGUUGCUUUCACUUCAACAUUUUUUUGCAGGUUUUUUUUCCUUGUUUAGCUGAAACUCAACACUGGGAUCUGUCCAUAUUUUAACCUAAAAGGGUCUUUACCACUGAACUGGACAGUAAAAUCUUAUCACUCCAUCACUCUAACAAAGAUAAAACACAUUUUCACCAACUACAGCUCCUGUAAGUGAAUGGCUAAGGCUCAUGGGAGCUGUAGUCAUUUCAUCUUGGUUUGCGUUUUCCUCAACAAAGAGAAAUCAAACUAUUUUUCCAAAGAUGUGUCACUUUAUUGUUUACUGAGAUGGUCCUUUAGUUAUAUACAAUGUUAUCUACCUUGACUAGUUUUAAGCAGCACCUUCAUUUCAUUUGUGCAUUGCAUUGUGGGACAGUAGUGCUUUUCUACUUCCUUCUUGUCACACCUCCAGUGUGACUGCACUACAUCCUUAAAACCUGGUUAUAAAAGGUUGGAAUUGGGACACUGCUUGUGAUUUGUGGUAUUUUUUUUUUUAUGAAGUAUUUAUUUGCUAGUUUACAAGAUUAGACCUUCACUCGUGCAGAUUUGAGUGUGAUAUUACCUUUGAUGUUUACCAUAUCUGAGAUCAGCUCUAACUUUCCAUUCGGAGAGUUCUCUGAAGGAAACAUAUAGUUUCAGCCGAUAUUCAUAAAGGGCAUACCAACACUAUUCCACUAAUUGGAGAUGUAUGGAGCCACUUUUUUCCCCCAAUUUCUACUUUUCUGUGGAUUGUGUUGUUGCCUAUAGAUCAUUUCAUCAAAGCAAAAACUGUAAUAGUACUUGAAUCUUCUAAAGGGGAAAAGGCACCUCAUGAUAUUAUGUAGUGAAUGUAGAAUAUGUGAAUCACUGCCUUAUAAGCACAUCUUGUAUAAUAACUUGCAAUGAGAUUUUCUGUUGAACUUGUUACUCCGAUUGUUGGGUUUAUUUUUCUUUUUGCUACUGAAAAGGGUUUCCCAUCACACCUUUUUGUGUUUAAACAUAGCUGAUCUCCAUCAGGUUUAAAAGAUGUUUUUGAAUAAGCUGUUACAGCAAAGUCAACUCCAGUAUGAAGUCAUUUCAUCUAGCAUGUUUUCACUUCCCAGGGGAAGAAAAAUGCUUUAUUUAACUAUUUAUUUAAAGUAAGGGAUUAUAAUUUUUCUUAUGAAAGCACAUGUGUAUAAUAAUUUAUUAACAGCGAAUGGUUGUUGAUGGAUAUGUGACCGGGUGAUUUUGAAGUCCUGUGGAAAACAUUUCAUUUAUUUUUUCUUUUUGUAAGAAAAAAUAUCACAAGUUGCCAUAAUGUGAUUAAACCAUCUGCCUUCAUAGUAUUGUGACUCUAAAACAGCAGCACAAACCCAGAUUUUCUAUUACAAGGAUCUCUUAUAUCCAGGAAAAUUGUCCUCACUUUCGUACACUUGAUUUCACCUCAAAUGAUCUCAGACCCUCACUGCAUAAAUGAUUAAGAUUUAAGUUCUAAACCUUAAUAUAUUCCUGCAUAGUUUUCCUUUUUAGGCCUUUGAAGUUGCACUAAAUUAACUGAAGGAAGCACAUUACAUCUUUCCUUGGUGUUUAUAUGCUGCUGUAUGUAUAAAUUGUAAAUAUUUUUUUCUAAGUCUGACUAUGAUGAGCAAUAUAUAAAUCUGAAGAAGCGAUGUGCUGUACAUUUGUAAUUUUAAGU